AUGGUGGGCAUCACCUCGCACAUCAUGGCGGCGGUGCUGGCCUGCGGUUCCCGGAGACACGCGCUCGGGUUGGAAGGUGGGGUGAAUGCCGGGUCGGCUAGCGCACCUUAUUCUGCACCCUUGCGCCCGCCUCGGGAACUGCACGUGGCACCUCCUCCCCCGCCUCCCACUCAGACGAUUACGCGGCCGGGAGGGCUCCCCCGGCGGGCUAGGCUAAUGGUUCGCUCCGCCCCGCCCACACAGAGGCCGCCCACUGACUUUUGCGCAGGAAGGGGGCUUGGCCUCCGCCCUCAGAAUCUCUGAAGGGUAGGGGGAGUUGUCUUAAGUUCUGACCCAGCGCUCAGACCCAGACCGGGUCCCAGCCUCCAACCUGGACUUGCCGCUAGGAAGCCGGCCAGCCUCUGCCUUCGGACCUGGGGAAAAGUCUCAAGCUCCGCUCUCAGACUCUGA